CCUUUACUUUCUUUCCUUUCGUUUCUUCGACUUCUCGCCAAGAUAAGUUAUAUAUCAUAUCUAAGUAGUAAACUCUAAACUCCAGAAGCAAAACCCAAUAACGGAUUUUUUUUCCUCUCCUUCUACCUCUACCUGAGGAACCCUAACAUACAUUUUUUUUGUUCGAUCCUUCUGGUUUUUGUGUCGAAGACAAGAAGAACCAAUCGAUCAAUCUGAUCGCUCGAUCGAACUUCGAAAUUUGUUCUUCUUUUUUUCCUUUCAUUCUCUUUGGUACAAAGUUUUCUUUUUUACUGUUUGCGCAAUGGGGGACAGCGAGAAGGAGGAUCGGAGUGGGAGCAGCGAUUUCACAUCGGAGGACGAAGGGACCGAGGAUUACAGGAGAGGAGGUUACCAUGCUGUUCGAAUCGGCGACACAUUCAAGGGCGGCCGCUAUGUCGUUCAGAGCAAGCUCGGUUGGGGUCAUUUCUCCACCGUCUGGCUCGCCUGGGACACAAACAACUCUCGAUAUGUAGCUCUGAAAGUUCAGAAGAGCGCUCAGCACUACACUGAGGCAGCAAUGGAUGAGAUUACCAUCCUCAAACAGAUCGCUGAGGGGGACCCUGAUGAUAAUAAGUGCGUCGUCAAGCUAUUGGAUCAUUUCAAGCAUUCCGGACCUAAUGGCCAGCAUGUAUGUAUGGUUUUUGAGUAUCUGGGUGAUAAUCUAUUGACGCUUAUUAAGUAUACUGACUACCGGGGGAUGCCUCUCCACCUGGUUAAGGAAAUUUGUUACCACAUUUUGGUGGGUUUGGAUUACUUACAUCGCCAGCUUUCUAUCAUACACACUGACCUAAAGCCAGAGAACAUUCUCCUCUUGUCCAUGAUAGACCCAGGAAAAGACCCCAUAAAAUCAGGUGCUCCUCUCAUCCUUCCAGCUAGCAAGGAUAAAUCCAUCUUCGAGUCUGGGGCUGGCAAGGAUAUUAAGAACUCCAACGGUGAUUUGACAAAGAGCCAGAAGAAGAAGAUCCGCCGGAAGGCUAAACGGGCAGCUCAAGGUUGUGUGGGAAAGGAAGUUGCCAAGGACUCCGAACCAGAGCCCAAAACUGCUGGUGCAGAUGCAACUACCUCUAAUGCAAAAGUAAAUGCUGAUCACUCCGAAGAUCAGCUUGAUACUUCCGCCAACAAAGAUAAUUCAUCAAAUGGUAAUCCUUUAACCCAUAAGAGAGGGAGCCGCUCCACAAGGCAGAUGCUAUUAGCAGCUGUUGACCUUAAGUGCAAAUUGGUUGAUUUUGGAAAUGCCUGUUGGACGUAUAAACAGUUUACAAGUGAUAUUCAGACACGGCAGUAUAGGUGCCCUGAGGUUCUCCUUGGUUCAAAGUACUCUACUCCUGCAGAUCUCUGGUCAUUUGCUUGCAUAUGUUUUGAGCUUGCAACUGGUGAUGUUCUCUUUGAUCCUCACAGUGGUGACAACUUUGAUAGGGAUGAGACAUCAAAGCAGAAUAUCAAAAGCUAUGCUGGCCUUGCAUCUGGACCCCCCCUUGCAAUGGAUCACUUGGCUCUAAUGAUGGAACUCCUUGGGAUGAUGCCGCGCAAGAUUGCAUUAGGUGGUCGGUAUUCUCGGGAUUUCUUCAACAGGUAUGGUGACUUGAGACACAUCCGGCGGUUGCGUUUUUGGCCCCUUAAUAAGGUGCUUGUGGAGAAGUAUGAGUUUACAGAGCAAGAUGCAAAUGAUAUGGCUGAUUUCCUAGUCCCAAUACUGGAUUUUGUCCCUGAGAAGCGGCCAACUGCCGCCCAAUGCCUUCUCCAUCCAUGGAUUAGUACAGGACCUUGGCUUCUUGAGCCUUCCAUGCCUGCUUCUCAGAUCCAAGUUGUAGAUGGAAAUAUUUCUGAGAGCAAGAAGAGAGAGAAUGAUGAGAGAGAGGCAAUGGAGGUGGGCGUGGGAAACAUGGCAAUUGAUGUCGCUUCUAAUCGGGUCAAAGAUCCUCAAUCCAGUAGCAAACCCACCAAGGCAGCUGUUCUUAUUUCUUCUAGGAUGAUCACUGCUCCUAUUGGUUUUGGCUCCUACGUCCUUUUUAUGGAGAGUGAAUGGGUGAUACUUGGAAACUGUUUUACUCCAGCUGAACAGAACCGAAGUCUCAAACCAGUUAAAUGUUCAGAUUUACUGAAGAUUUUUCCUGUAAUCUCUGGCAUGUGUCUCCUUGAGACAUGGUUCUCCUUCUCUCCAUGUACACCACAGAUCGUGUCGUGAGGGGAUUCAUGUACAUAACAUUACAAAUGAUGGAUUUUUUGGGGACAUUUUUAUAGAGAAAUUAUAUUGGCAGUUGUGCUAGUUAGUAUUGAAA